AUGGAGGAAGAUCGUCUUUUUGAUGAGAGAAUUUCUAUUCGAGAAUCUGCUCGCCCCUUAAAAAAAUAUGGUAGUACGUGUAAUCAUAUGAAAAGGAACGAAGAAUAUAUCAAACAUGUAAUGACUAAGGGUGACACUUUGCAAGGGAUUGCUUUAAAAUACGGUGUUACGAUGGAGAAGAUAAGGCGUGCGAAUAGACUAUUCGCUUCGGAUAGUUUAUUUUUGAGGGAAUACCUUUUAAUUCCUGUUACCAAGGAUUCUCCAUUUUACGAGAAUGGAGAGAGAGUAACAGAGAUAGCACCUUCAAAUCAUCGUGCGUCAAUCGCAGGAAUGCCUACUCGGGAUUUUUCCCCUGGUAGUCCAGACGAAAAAGAGUCUUUUGACAAUUUCCUAAACAGACUGGACUCAUCCAUUGCUACGAUUAAAAAGCAUGUGGAAAAAACCAAGGAGAACAGCGAAUUCGUCAACGAAUUCGAAGACGACUUCGUGCGACAUCGGCCGACUGCGAGGCUUCGGCAGUCGGCCUCGAUGGUUGUAGCGCCCGCGACUGCGCAGAUAUGCGCGUUUCCACUGAGCAUGAUGUCGCCUCCACGGCAGCGCGUGCGCAAUUAA